AUGAUCAGGUUAUUCAAAGUGAAGGAAAAACAACAGGAACUUGUAGACAAUGCAAAAGAGAAGGCGCCUGUCAAGAAGCAAAGUGCAGGGGAAUUACGCGUUCAAAGAGAUAUAACUGAGUUAAACCUGCCAAAUACAAUUAGCAUAGCAUUCCCACAUGGACAAGAUGAUCUGAUGAACUUUGAGGUCACCAUAGAACCUGAUGAAGGGUACUAUCAAGGUGGCAGGUUUGUUUUUACAUUUGAAGUUACCCCAGUCUAUCCUCAUGAAGCACCAAAGGUCAAGUGCGAUACAAAGGUUUAUCAUCCAAACAUCGACUUGGAAGGGAAUAUCUGCCUUAACAUUCUUCGCGAAGAUUGGAAACCUGUCCUCAACAUAAGCACUGUCAUUUAUGGAUUGUAUUACCUAUUCACGCAACCGAAUUAUGAAGAUCCUUUGAAUCAUGAGGCAGCUGAGGUUUUGAGGGAUCAUCCUGAGACGUUCGAAUCAAAUGUGAAAAGAGCAAUUGCUGGUGAUCAAUGGAUAGGAUGUACCUACUUCCCUCGCGCGGAUUAUUAA